UGUUAGCCUCAUUUCACUGUCUGUCUACAUACACAGUGCAAGUUUUUAAUCAAGUUACUUGCUGCAGCAGAACUGUUUUUUUGUUUUCUUUUAAUAUAAUCACGUGAAUUAAAUCGAUUUUAAUGGCUCUUUGGGUGCUUUUUGCAGACACUGCCACAGUACUUCUGGCUUUUGUACUAACAUUUCUUAUAUUUCUUUACUUUAGCCAUGAGUGGAAAUGCUCAAGGCCUGGUAACUUUCCACCAGGUCCUUUCCCCUUUCCUGUGAUUGGAAAUCUCUAUAUGAUUAAUUUAAAGAGACCAUACAGAACACUGCUUGAGUUAUCCAAGAAGUAUGGGUCAAUAUUCUCCAUUCAAAUGGGACCCAAAACGAUGGUGGUGCUGUCGGGCUAUGAAACAGUGAAGGAUGCCCUUGUAGAUCAUGCUGAUGAAUUUGCUGAAAGGCCAGACAUUCCAAUAUUUAGACUGCUUUCAAAUGGAAAUGGUAUUUUGUUUGGUCAUGGAGAGUCUUGGAAGGAAAUGAGAAGAUUCACACUUACAACACUACGUGAUUUUGGGAUGGGCAAAAGAAGCAUAGAGGAGAAAAUUAUUGAAGAAUGUGGAUUUCUCAUUAAAGAAAUUGAGUCUUAUGAAGGUAAACCCUUUGACAACCUUGUUCAUAUGAAUGCAGCUGUGGCCAAUAUCAUUACAUCAGUAAUUCUGGGGCACAGGCUAGAAUAUGAUGAUCCCAAGUUCCUCAGACUGUUACAUCUAAUUAAUGAAACUGUAAGACUUGUAGGAACUCCGCCUGUUGUGCUCUUCAAUAUGUUUCCUGUCCUACAAAAUUUACUUGGAAAUGUGAAAAAAUCACUGGACAAUUUUAAAGAGCUGAAGUCAUUUCUCAAAACCGUCUUUGUGGAAAAUCUGAACAUUUUGGAUGUCAACCAUCAGAAGAGUUUUAUUGAUGCAUUUCUGAUCAGACAGCAAGAGGAAAAGAAGAAUGCAAAGUCAUACUUUCAUGAUGAAAACCUUAUGGCAACAGUGACCAACUUGUUCACAGCUGGAAUGGAGACUACAUCCACCACUCUCCGCUGGGGAAUACUUUACAUGAUGAAAUACCCUGAAAUUCAAAAAAAAGUACAGGAGGAGAUUGACAGUGUCCUUGGUUCAGCACAUCCCCGAGCGGAACAUCGGAAGCACAUGCCAUUCACUGAUGCUGUAAUCCAUGAAACACAAAGAUUAGCAAAUAUCCUACCAAUGGAUCUACCACACGAGACCACAGCGAAUGUUUAUCUUAGAGGAUAUUUUAUUCCAAAGGGUACGUACAUCAUUCCUUUGUUGUCUUCUGUGUUAACUGACAAAACUCAGUGGGAGAAGCCAGAGGAAUUCAAUCCAUUUCAUUUCCUUGAUUCGAAUGGGAAGUUUGUGAAAAAAGAUGCCUUCAUGCCUUUUUCUGCAGGGCGAAGAAUUUGCGCAGGUGAAACACUGGCAAAGAUGGAACUUUUUCUUUUCUUUACUAGUUUGCUACAGAAAUUUACUUUUCACUGUCCAGCUGUCACCACUGAACUAGAUCUCACUCCUGCCAUAGGGUUUACCUUAGGCCCUAUGCCACAUAAGGUUUGCGCAGUACCACGUUAAACUGUCCCUUCUGGUCACAUCGCAUUUCUUAUGCUAUUUGCAGAAUUAUCUGGCUAGACUGACAGAGAAUCUAUUAAAUGACUCAACUAUUUUUUGACCACAAAAGCACAGAUACACUGAGAUAUUAAAAUUUAAAUGUGUGUUAAAUAUUUUGAUGUCAGAUAUACUCUUUAUAGGAAAUUUGUUUUGAAGAUAGGAGACGUGUUGCUUUGAAGCAUUUUAACCAGUAAUUCAUGUAUAAUAUACAUUUUCUUCAUAUCCAUAAUUUUGGUCUUAAACUUUUAUUCUUUUUAUUUUUCAACUUGCAAAUAAAAUUCAGACAGCCAUG